UAUAAUAUUUAAAAGCCAAUAUUCGUGAAGAGGAAUAUCCAAAUUCUACUGCAGAAUGUUACUUCUGGUAGUGUGUACAUUGUUGCUGUGGAGAGCGGCGCUCCCUGACACAACCGUCACAAUAUACAAUGAAUGGCUCUCCCAGGGUGGACGGGUCCAUUAUGAACCUGAAAGAUGGACCAAAGUUAAUGGGCUCACCCAGUUGAACCUAAUUCCAAAGAUGAAGUCUAUCGGAGCGGCUCCCGGGCGUUGGCAGAACAUAGACCUGAGUCUCUUUCCAAAUUGGCCCCAAAGCCCUAGUCGCCAUGGUUACCCAGACACUACCUAUCUCAAGGACCAUGCACUCCAGUCAAGAACAUGGGCGUCCUUUAUGCAACAACUGGAUGGCUAUGGAAGCAGCAUCGACAACAUGGUCUGGAACAUACAAGGUUCGGCCUGGCCCAACUGGAUGAAUAAGUCUAAUCAUCAAGGUGGAUUCCCCAACAACGUUGACGCUGCGUCAGAGCUCGUGUCACUGAUGGUGCAGAGUGCCAUGAGUUACACAGGAGGACGCAGUCCCCACAUAUUUGAAGUCAUCAAUGAACCUGAUUGGAAAGAAAAGAUUAUUGACCCACAAACGAAUAUAGAUUUCCAUGAGGCCGUCGCCGAUAAACUGAAAUCAAGAUUUGGAAUGAAAGUUGCAGGACCAUCGUACACCAGUAUGGCCUUACGAGAAGCAGACGAAAAUAACUUCAGCUACUGGAACAGAACUGCUAGAUUUAUGGAUAUGUCUCUAGAUCACUUGGACUUUUUCUCUUUCCACUCCUACAACUAUCUGCGUGUAUUGGGAGUAAAUCACACCUUCUUUGGCAUCAACGAAGCGCGCCUGGUUGCUUCUCUUGACAUGGUGGAGAAUUACUCUUAUCGCAUGAAAGGAAAAGGUGUUCAGUUAGUUAACACUGAAUUUGGAAGAGGUAACGUUUUCGGAGUUGGCCCCGAUGUUGAAAAUGGAAUGAUAGAGUUCGAAACCAUUUAUCAACCAAACGGCUUCAUGUUUACUUUCCUUAACCUGAGAGAGUUUAUCGACAGAGUAACUGUGUUUCUCGCAUCAAAUGGUCAAUGGCCUGGUCAUAAUUCCCUUCGAAAUUCCUUAUUUACUAAGGAUGGUCAUCCCCUUCCAACGACCAAAUACUUCACGUUUUGGCAAAACUUCACUUAUGAUCAAAAGUUUCUCAGGGUCACUAGUCAAUACAGUGGACAAGAGAGAAUAGUUGCUCCUCUUGCUCUUGCAAAUCCUCACAGCAGAGAGAUGGUAGUUCUUCUACACAACUAUGGCAGUGAAUUGCAGAAUGUAAAACUCGACUUUAACGACAGCUGGAUCAACCCUUCUACGGGUGAAGAAACAUGCAUUCUGUUCGAAAAUGGUUAUCCAGCUCUUCAUCUCAAUUACCCUUUCAACAUGUCUAAGCUGAAUGGAACAGUUGGUCUCCCUGGAUCUUCAACCUGCUUCUACAAGUUUAAAACCGACUACAACUUUGCCGGAAUACACACGGACAACCAGACCACAUACUAUGGUAAGGAUAUGGUCAUCCCCAUCAGCAACGGACAUGUGCAGACCAACAUCCAUCUACCAACCUCAGGCUAUCAUACAGCUCAUCUUAGAGUUGGAGUUAGCCGAGACAAGAACGCUAAUACAAAGCCCCAGGAAGUUGUGUUCAAUGGCCAGACGCUAUCUUCAAGCUACAUGCUGUUCGAUGCUAUGAAGAUUGAGGGGAAAACAAAAUGGAACGUGUGGGAGUUCAUGGUCCCUGAAUCACAGGUCAAAACAACAAACACCGUCAACAUGACCUUUGAUGGAAACGGUGGCCACGUGACAUCCGUCGCACUCGUUGUUGGAAAACUUCAGUAGAUAAACUUCUCGUUACGAAAA